CUAUUACUACUAUGAUUGCAAAAUGGUCGUUACGGGCUUGAAUGUGCAACCUAACCACACAAACAACAGCGAAGAUUCGGAGGGAGACAAACUGCUCCCUCAUUUCGAAUGGCAAUACCCCAAAGUAGAGCUCCAAGUGAAAACCACAUCAACAUCGAAAGUACAGUCUCAGGAUGGCAACACAGUCACUACUCGGACAACAGUGACGACGAAAACUAUCGGUACGACGAAACCCAUGUCUGCAAUGGCUAAAUUCCGACAGCUUGAUAAGCAGAACUCUGUGUCAUCACAAUCACCUCCAAACUCUCCCAGAACACCGACAACUCCAUCAACACCGGGUGCGAAAGGUCCUAUGUUUCAGUUCACUGACCCAUCGCUGAACCGCCGGGCAGCCACUGUCAAGGAUCAGUUGCUGCAGUGGUGCCAGAUGAAGACAAGGGAAUACGAGAACGUUAAAAUAGAUAACUUCUCAACCAGCUGGUCAGAUGGAAUGGCAUUUUGUGCGCUGAUUCAUCAUUUCCUUCCAGACGCUUUUGAUUUUACCAAAUUAACACCGCAACAACGACGUCAUAAUUUCACACUCGCCUUCCGAGUGGCUGAUGAAAAAGCCGGGAUCGCGCCACUGUUGGAUGUUGAAGAUAUGGUUGUAAUGCGAAAGCCUGAUUGGAAAUGUGUUUUUACAUACGUACAAUCAAUUUAUCGACGUUUCAAAAAUGAGGACUAAAACUAGAGCCUGAGCGUUCUUUUAGUAUGGAUUAGAAAACAACCCCCGCGACAGAAGUUCGAUCUUCAACGAUCUUCAGUUUUGAGUCCAAAGUAGAACGUAAAACAAUUCAUUAGCAGAAGUGCAAACUGCUCUGCUCUAGUUGUAGUGCCUCAUGUUGUUACAAUGUUAAUUUGAGAAAAUUGUUUAUCAAUAAUUGCUCUUCCCCCUCCGCGCUAAUGUAAUGCUGUUGAAAUCUAUUUAAUUUAUUCGUUUUUAAUGUUAUUAUCAUAAUGUUUAUUAUUAUUAUUAUUGUAUUCGUUCACUGCUACGUUAGAAUAACGCUUUUGACUGCUGAGUUUUGAGCUAGCUGGUUAUGAUAAGUUUUGAAGUUUUUGGCUACCGACGAAAGAGCCGCAUCAUAGUGAAAAUUCCAUCUGACUUCGAGAAGCAAGAGUAAUAGCAGAGAAAAAAAACAUAGCUGCCUCUUAGGAGCGUUUUGAGACAUAAAACACCAACCAAGAGAGAAACGAAAAGAUUGUGAUGAUUGUGAUCGUUUUUAAGUUACACUACAGAUUUAAUGAAGCAAACAAGAAAAACAGACAAUUAGAAAGCUCACGGUGGUUCCUUGUUCCUCCGCGACCGGAGACAUUUGCUUUUGUUCGCAACCUUUACUUAUUUUUUUCACGUGCUAGAAAAAUAGUAGUUUUAGGUUAUAGAGCUGACACCCAACAACGAGAAUACUAACAUGUUUUAACAGGCACAUGGGACUGAGAAUUGGUUACCGUUGGACAGCGGAAGGAAAGUGCAGACAUGAAGUGUGUAGCGGUGAAGGUAUAAUGCUAACCUUUGCUUCAUCCCUGAACAGCGUAAUACCGAACACAGAAACACAGGAACGAAUCAUUUGUAAAAAAAUUGGUAGCAGUAAGAAUGUUUUGUUAUAUAUUUUUCACAAGUUAGAACAUACCAUAAAAAAGCAACAGGACGUCAGAAAUUUGUACCAAUGAACAGAAGAAAGAUGUAGAACACUCAAACAAAGUAAGUGAGCCCGUAUAAUCUAACUUAUAUACAUGUAUUUACCUAUCGCUA